UUUUUCGGUAAACCGCAUGACAUUUGCUUCUGCCCGUCUCGUCGUCUUUCCUGCACUCUCAUCCUACACCGCGCGCCGUGUUUUCCGAUAACGUUUUCCAAACAAUACGUGUGCUUUUCUGUCCGCUGUGAAAACUCGCGGCCCACGUCAGUGCAAACACAAACAGAUCCGGCCCGCCAAGGUACAAACGCGCUUCCUACCAUGAGCGACAGCGGAAUCAGCGUGGAUGCGAAGUAUUUCGUCCGCUCGUUCAUCCGCUUCCUGGCGAAGCAGAUCGACCAGCCCACCUUCAACGAAGACUCCCGGGAAAGCAUCGAGGUGGCAAUACAGUGCUUGGAGAACGUGUACGAUCUGGGCGAGGGCGACGACGCGGCUGCCACUGGUGGAGAAAGUAGCGUGAAGAAGGAGGAUGACCCGCGGAACCAUGUCGAUCUGUACGAGCUGUACUGCAACACGUACGUGGAGGUGUCGCCGGAACGCAAACAGGAGGCGGAAGGGCUGAAAAACGAGGGCAACCGGCUGAUGAAGGAGGAAAAGUACCAGGAAGCCCUGAACACGUACACAAAGGCCAUCAAUCUAGAUGCGACAAAUCCGGUGUUUUACUGCAACCGAGCAGCCGCGUACAGCCGGCUGGGGGAUUACGUUCGCGCGGCCGACGAUUGCCGGAUGGCGCUGCGGCACGAUCCCAACUACAGCAAGGCCUGGGGCCGGCUCGGGCUGGCCUACUCGAAGAUGAACGAACACAAGCAGGCUGUGACGGCGUACCAGAACGCGAUACGCCUCGAGCCGGACAAUCAAGACUACAAGAACAAUCUGGGCGUGUCGCAACAGUUCCUGGAGGAGCGGUCGCGCAAUCCCGGUGCUGCUGCCGGCGGGGCCGGUGCCAAUCCGCUGGGCAACAUCGACUUUGCCUCGGUCAUCAACAAUCCGGACAUGGUGCAGAUGGCUACCCGUAUGAUGAGCGAUCCGGCAAUGCAUAACAUUUUGGGCCAGCUGGGAGGAAUGAACAACAUGGACGCACUGCUAGAGACUGGCCGCCGUCUGGCGAUGCAGAUGAGCAGCGAAAAUCCGGAACUGUUCAACAACGUCGCACGCCAGAUGGAGCAGGCCGGUAUCAACUUACCCCGCAACAAUCCGCCAAACCCGGACGGCAACCAGCAGCCGCCACCAGCACCUCCGUCGUCAUAAACAAGUCCCCCAACAUCCUUCGGUACCAGGAGGACCCAGCAGCCGUAGUGGAACUGAAAGGCAUUUUUGUACGUCGGAUGAAGUUGUGUUAUUUUUGUGUGUUUUUUUUUUUUUUUUUUGGGUUGCACAUCAAAGCUUCCAUUUACUUUAAAACGGACGAUCAAUGAUUUGUUGUAGUAAACUCAGUCGUUUUCGUAACUGUUUCGCAACCUUUCGCGUAACUGUGUCACACCCCUCGAAAUUGAUCCCCGUGCACCUCCUACCGCCUUGACAGUGGUCCCGAGCAUAUGCGAGUUUAUUUUUCGCAAAACGACAAACAGAUAAAAGAUUCCAAAUUAAUAGUCAAAAUCUCGUGUAAAGUGUGCUUCCGUUUCUGGAGCCACUUUUUUAAUUUGAAAUAUUUAAACUGUACGGAAAAUAGCGUCCCGCAAUAUAAACUCGUUCACUCAGAGUGGGUUCACUGUCUUGGCAUCCAGUAGCUGGU